AUGCCUCUUUCCGGACACUGCCUCUGCAAGAAUGUCACGUACAGCGUGGACAUGGACCAGCCUUUGAUUACUGCCUACGAUCACUGCGAUGAUUGCCAACGCCAGAGUGGCUCGACCUACUCCCUUGUCGCUGUGGUCCUUAAGGACAAGUUGACUAUCAACGGCCCCGUUAAGAAAUGGUCUGGUGUCGGCUCUUCUGGCAAAGCUGUCCACCGCCUCUUCUGCUCCGAUUGUGGCUCGCCGAUCGCCCACGACCCCGAUGCCGCUCCAGAGAUCAUCGCGCUCAAGGCCGGUACCCUGGAUACUGAGAUCAAGAAGACCCUGAAGCCCGACACUGAGAUCUGGACCGUCAGCAAGCUGCCCUUCUGCCAGGAGCACUUGGCCAACCCCCAUGAGCACAUGCCGUAA